UUUCAAAACCCCCAAAUCAAACCGUUAAACUAACCAGUGAAACCCUAGCUUGGCUCAGCCAUUACCGUUGUCACUCCACCGCCCCUCACCACCACGAAGGUCAUUGGCCGUGACAACCUUCCUCCGACCUCCUCGGCUUCGGCUUCGCGGGCGCCCUCGGCCCCCUCCCUGCCGACGCCGUCCGCGACCCCUUCUACCACGUGCUGAUCCUGGGUUUUUGCCUUUCUUGGGUCUCCAAGGUUUUGCUCCAAAGGGGCGUUCUUGAUUCUGUUUCUGAGGUCCCCCCCCUUUUACUAGAAGGCAAUGUCUGCUGUUGGCGCCAGUUCUUCAUUAGCUCUGACUCAAAGCUAGCGACCCUCAAUCCCUUGAGUCGGCAUUCCGUAACCGUAGCUUGAUCUCCUUCAUCUCCAUUGCUAUUGAAUCGGCGAGGAUUCCAAGCAUACUUCGCUCCAUAGCCUCGUCAAACAUGCCGCGUACAACGACCGUGGAGUCCCCUGGUUGCCCUCCGUUUCGGGCCCUGACCUUCGAUGUUCUUGGCCUCGUGAAAGUUGUUGAGGCUAGAGGUAAGCAAGGAGACGUUCCUAAGGUGGUCGAGCAAUGGGGUGAGCCAGAAUCGCGUAAUUGCGUGCUUGCCACAUCCAUUGACAGCCGCAAGCGCGACCCUAUGUUAGCAGUUGCCAGGAAAUGUGGUAAGAUUGAGCUCCUCAACCCUGCUACUGGGGACACUCGAGUUGUAAUUUCUGACGCCAGUGACACAAAGCCUGAAGAUGAUCCUAUUAUUGGGUUACAUCUAUUCAGAAGAGAGAGAACAGAGGAAAGAUCCAGGUCAUGCACUUUACUUUCAUGUUCAACGAAGGGAAAUGCAGUUAUUAGAUCCUUUGAAGUUAUGGAUUCACCUGAAGACUCUGUCCCAACUAGCUCAACCAGUAAAUGGAAUGUAUGUGCCGCGGGGAGUGUACUGUGUUGUAAAGUGGAUGGAAGUGAAAAUUAUGCCGUAGUAGGGGGCAAAGGGGUUGAAAUUAACAUUUGGGAUCUUGACAAGUGUAAUAAGUUCUGGACUGCAAAAGCGCCCCCAAAGAACAACCUUGGAAUUUUCACGCCUACUUGGUUUACAUCUGCAACAUUCCUUCGCAAAGACGACCAUCGUAAAAUCGUGGCUGGUACUAAUAGUCAUCAGGUCCGCCUCUAUGAUAUUUCUGCUCAGCGCAGACCUGUUUUGUCGUUUGAUUUCCGGGAAACUCCCAUUAAAGCAGUUACCGAGGAUUUAGACGGUUAUACAGUCUAUGUUGGGAAUGGGUCUGGAGAUCUUGCAUCAUUUGACAUGCGCACAGGAAAAUUGUUAGGAUGCUUCCUGGGGAAGUGUUCUGGAAGCAUCCGAUAUAUAUCCAGGCAUCCUGACUUCCCAAUGAUAGCAUCUUGUGGACUUGAUAGCUAUGUGCGCCUUUGGGAUGUGAAGUCGAGACAACUUCUUUCUGCGGUCUUUUUGAAACAGCACCUCAACAGUGUCCUCUUUGAUUCUGCUUUUGCUGAUGAAGAGCCUGUCCAAAAUGCACGAGAUGUGCUGGAAAAUGAGGCCCAGAGGCAGAGGGUAGAUGAAAACCAAUUUGAAGACAAGGAAGAAACGCUCCCAGUGAAGAGGAAGAAGAAGAAGAAGAAGAAGACACGUAAAGAAGGCGGAGAUCAGAAGACAUCCGGUAAAGAAAAUGAUGGAAUUGAAAAGCUGAACCGUAAGAAGAAAAUCAAAAGGGUGAAGACAUUAGCCGGUGACGAUGCAUGGUGACCGGAGAUGGUAUGCAGCCCUUGCAGUUAACGAGUACCGUGAUCAGGUUGAUCCUCGGCCUUUGUGAAUCCAUUGAAUGGUCACGAGGAAGUUAGAUAUUAAGCGAUUGCCCAUUCAAAAGUUUUUGUCAUUCAUUAAAAGUUUUGGGUGAAAUUAUGUCAUCCUGUCUCAAUUGCUAACGCUGUUGACGUGGUUAGGAAAAAUCUCUACAUGAGGAGUAUCUUCAAAUCCAUCCAUCCGAAGCACUUGUGAAGAUAAGGUUCGCAUUAUAAGAUGGGUUCAAUUGGAAAAAAGAGAAGGAACUUAAGAUGAUAAUGCAGAAAAUAUUGUGUUA